CGGUUACGCUGUUUAAAAGACUCAACAGAAAGUUGCAUCCUUAAUUCAUCUCAUGUGUGAAAGUUUUUUUUUUAUUUCCGCCGCCCGCCCGCGGCCCACCCCUUCCCCCCUCUAUCUCCCGUGUCGCUGUUCGUAUCCAGCCAUUUUCAGCCCGCCUCGUUCUUUCUGUCUGCAAGACUCCCAAGAGAAUCAUCGGUCCUCUUUUAUUCUAACAUUUUUGGGCUGUGGACUUUUUUCUCCCGGAAGUUGGAAUGUGUAAAUAUUAUGAUUAGUGAACAGCAAUGAUUAGCGGAUGGAUGGAGCUGCUUCCUUUUGUGGCAGCUUCUGCCACAACAUACCGUCCAUAUGUGACUCUGCGCUACCACGUGUCCUUCUCAUGAUCGUGUCUCUUCUAUGUGCAGAUGUAGAAGCUCUCCAGGUGAUUGGUGGAAGUGUGACAGUGGAACAAGGAGGUACUGCGAUCUUAUCGUGCUAUGUCACUGGUACCAAUGAUGACCUGAUACAGAUUACCUGGCAGAGGAAGACGAGAGAAAAACCUCACAAUGACAAUUUCCUCACUAUCUUACCCAGAGAGGGAGUGCAGUUUGUCAAUGGAGGUGAUGAUCGAUUUAAAUAUAUCGGGAAUUUUAAUGACAAAAAUGGAACUCUCCAGUUUUCCAAUGUUGCCCUGAAGGAUGAAGGCAGCUACACGUGCAUCUUCACAUUGUUUCCCAGUGGAAAUCAGAAGACUGAGAUACCGCUAAACUUGCUGGUGCCUCCCUUCACAAACAUCAAGGACAAUCUUCCCACUUUGGGCACUGAAGAGGUUUUAUUUGCUACCUGCACGGCUGCUGGAUCGAAGCCUCCUGCAGAGGUGAGGUGGCUCACUGAUGCUUUGGGAGACAAAGUGAGGACGACAACAAACUCCACACAGUAUGAUAACGAUACAACUACUACAGUCAGCUCAUUGUUUGGUGUACCUAAGAGAGAGAUUAACGGUCAACAGGUCCAGUGUGUCAUCAGUGGUGACUCCCUGUCUACAGAUGAAAGUCUGCCCUUCACUAUACAGAUCUACUUUUCUCCCACAGAAGUGAACAUUAGCGUGAUUUCAGAGGACUCAUUCGAGUGUGUGACAGAAGCCAAACCAAAUGCAAACUUUAUCUGGAGCAGAUCUGGCCAGUCUUUGCUGGAGUCUUCUGUCAAAGUAGAUGGUGCAAAGCUACAACUGCUGAGCCUGACCCCUGAUCUGAAUGGCCUUUAUCAGUGUGAAGCAUCUAAUGCAUAUGGAAGUAAACGUGGUCAGCUCUACGUGCAUGUGGCAUCAGGAGCGUGCUCUGUUGCAUGGGCCUUAUUUGGUGUUUUGAUUUUCCUGAACAUCGUUGGGGCUGCAGUAUGGUACUUUUAUACACAAGAUCAAAGGCAUAGGUUUACACUUUUUUGGCGGCGUGUCCCAACAAAUGAAUCAGCUGGUGACAGUGCAGCUCAGCAAGAACAACGUCAGACGGAGCAAUCUCCCUGACAGCUGUGGAAGCAAAGGAUGGACUAUAUCUGUACUGAAAGCUCGACCAACAUGACAUUCUCAAGUCAGCUGGUAAAUGAACAGAUGAAGAACCGGUGGACAUACUUGGUGUUCGUUUAUCUCUCUGCCCCCUUUUUGUUUAUCAUCUCUUAGUUUUUAAUGAAGUUUAUUUAUAGCUUUCUUGUCACUACUACCACAGCAUUUAGGGUGUACAUACCAACUCUGGCUAAUAUGAAUGGCAGUUUUACUCUGACUGUUCACAGAAGGUAACUGUUCUUUCUGUUCUUCAUCUCCUGAUAACACAAGCCGUUAAGCUACUGAGGAUAACAACCCACAGGGCCUCUAUUUGAAACAAUGUUAUCAGUGUUAUCAGUACACCGCAGAGACCGUAAGGUUCAGACAGCACAAACAGUCAAGCGAAGCAUACUGUCUGAAUACCUUGUAAUUCCAACCAGUAAGAUUACCACAUAGUAUAUAAUACUUGAGUAAUACAGCCCCACCCUUGUUUGUACAUGGGGGCGAAAGCAGAUGUUUUGCUCGGAUAACCUAACGUAAAGCAACAUACAAGGAAAUUUGAAAGAGGAAAAAAAAUCUUUAAAAAGGUUAGAAUGAGACUUUUUUUUACUGUGUUGAAUCAUAGGGUUUUUCUUUGUUUUUUAAGAUUAAUUUUAAGAAAAUUAAAGCUCUUCACCCUGCUGAAAUCCUUUCCUUUAACUGUAAAAAGUAACACGUUGCAGCAUUUUCCAGGAGAGAGCAGCUUUCCUGGAAAAUGAAAGCUACACUUUUGUUUUCCAGGAAAGCUGGAAAAUUUGGUUUCUCUCAUCAAUCAUUAAUCGUAAUCGGUGUAUUUACUAAGAUUGGAUGUUGCAGUCUUUGUGAUCUGUCUCAUGUUUCCUGUUUUACUUUGACAGUCCCUGUCCUAUGUAAAUGUUUUCAGUUUUGCUUCCCCUUCGUCUUGUAAUGCUUCAUUACUCCCAGCUGUGCUCUCCUCCUUUGUCCCGUUCCCUCGUUCCCCCUCUGUGUAUUUAAGCCCUGUGUUUUCCUUGUUCUGUGUUGUGUUGUACCCUCACCGUGCUGUGUUUUCGUCUCUCUGUUUCUGGUAGCAUUCUAGUUCUCUGUUAGCAGUUUUGUUUCCUAGUUCCCCGGUUUUUCUAGUUAGUGCUUCGUGCUUUGAGUUUCUAGUUUUAGUUUCCUUGAAUUCAUAUUCAAGUUUCCAAGUUUCAGUCUCCAAGUCCAGCAUUUGAGUCCUACAUCCUGCUGCACACAGCACACCUUGACAACGUAUUGUUAUUAGUUUGCCCUUUGAUGUUAUCUUCCUAUUUUCCUUAUCUUCACUCCCUGUCAUAAUGCGCAGUGUGAGGAAUGAUUUAAAAAAGGAACUGAUAAGCAAAGGUUAACAGUUAAAUUCAGGCACAGAUCCAAAGUAAGCAUAGGGUAAUUGAUACAGAGGUAAAAGCAAAGAUUUGUCCAGGUGUAGGAAAGAAGUAUUCCCUACAUCCCCCUUCAUGAAUCACCACCUUAUCACGGUGAAGGGGUUUGCGUGUCCUUCUGAUCCCAGGAGCUAUGUUGUCGGGGACAGUUUGUCCCUGGUAGGGUCUCCCUAGGUAAAUUGGUCAUGGGUAAAGGGCCAGAC